AUGCAGUGCUUCAGCUUCAUUAAAACCAUGAUGACCCUCUUCAAUUUCCUCAUCUUUCUGUGUGGCGUUGCCCUGUUGGCAGUGGGCAUCUGGGUGUCCGUCGAUGGGUCAUCCUUCCUGAAGAUCUUCGGGCCGCUGUCAUCCAGUGCCAUGCAGUUUGUCAACGUGGGCUACUUCCUCAUCGCAGCUGGUGCUGUGCUCUUUGCUCUUGGUUUCCUGGGCUGCUACGGUGCUCAGACUGAGAACAAGUGUGCCCUCAUGAUGUUCUUCUUGAUCCUCCUCAUCAUCUUCAUCGCUGAGGUUGCAGCUGCUGUAGUUGCCUUGGUGUAUACCACCAUGGCUGAGCACUUCCUGACGUUGCUGGUAGUGCCUACCAUCAAGGAAGACUAUGGUUCUCAGAAGGACUUCACCCAAGUGUGGAACACCACCAUGGAAGGGCUCAAGUGCUGUGGCUUUAACAACUACACGGAUUUUGAGGGCUCUCCCUACUUCAUGAAGAACCAUACCUUUCCCCCAUACUGUUGCCUUGACGAUGGCAAUGGCACAGCCACAGAACCCUGCACCAAGGAGAAGGCUGAUGACAACAUUGUACAGGGCUGCUUCAGUCAGCUUCUGUAUGACAUCCGAACCAACGCAGUCACUGUGGGUGCUGUGGCAGCUGGAAUUGGGGGUUUGGAGCUGGCAGCCAUGAUCGUGUCCAUGUAUCUGUACUGCAAUUUGAAGUAA